AUGUUACCAGCCCGGAGCUCGCGCGGCGUUCAGCUGCUGCUCCUUCUCUUUACACUCCUCUCGCUGGCUUCCCUAACCCUAGCUUCGACACCGACGUCGUUCUGCAAAUGCACCUGUUUCUCCAAUAGCACAAUCAUUCCCCUCGACCCAGCGAAAUCAGAAUCGAGCAUUGAUCACGUCCUCCGCUUCUCCGAGCGCGCCCCAAGCUCGGAGCUCGAACCCUCAGACGAACACACGAAGCGCGCGCAGAAAUACCGCUCACUAAGCUGCAACGACUGCAAUCGCAAGUUCUGCCUGGACUACGAGCUGCCGAUAUGCAAGGGCGCGAAAGAGGAUGAUGUGUUUACGACUUGCUUCCAACGAGACUCGAAGAAGGAUGAGGCGGUGGUUUUCAUUUUCAUCUUUGCUACGGGGGGAUUGUUGGCUUGGGCGGCUUGUAAGCCGUGGAUUGAGAGAUACGUUGAGGUAGGUUGGCCCCCCUCGGCUGAUGGUAGACUAUCGGACUAA